CAGGCAUUUCUCUUUUGGGAGAGAUGGUCCUGGUCAUGAAACUUCUGUUCCUCACCUGCCUGUGGCCAACAGCAGUGCUACACAGCUCUCACAGUCAGCAUCACCGUCUUCAUCGCCGGCAACAAAUGUCAUUCUCAAGAAAACAUAACAGCAAACGAGAAAUUAAAAUGAGGAAACUUGACAGCACGAAGGUCCGACCACUCAAAACUGAGCAGCUCCUUCACAUAGAGGACCAUGACUUUGCUCUGAGACCUGGAUUUGGAGGGUCACCAAUACCUGUGGGCAUUGAUGUGCAGGUGGAGAGCAUUGACAGCAUUUCUGAAGUGGACAUGGACUUCACCAUGACUUUGUAUCUCAGACACUACUGGAAGGAUGAGAGGCUCUCAUUCCGUAGCAACAAAAACAAAAGCAUGACUUUCGAUGGACGGCUGAUAAAGAAGAUCUGGGUGCCUGAUGUGUUCUUUGUGCACUCCAAAAGAUCUUUCAUCCAUGAUACAACUGUGGAAAACAUCAUGCUCCGAGUGUACCCCGAUGGCAACGUGCUCUUCAGCCUGAGAAUAACAGUUUCUGCUAUGUGCUUCAUGGAUUUCAGCAGGUUUCCUCUGGACACACAGAACUGUUCUUUGGAACUGGAAAGCUAUGCAUACAAUGAGGAUGAUCUGAUGUUGUACUGGAAACAUGGCAACAAGUCCCUGAGCACAGAUGAGCACAUCUCCCUCUCCCAGUUCUUCAUUGAGGAAUUCAGUGCUUCCAGUGGACUUGCUUUUUACAGCAGUACUGGUUGGUACAACAGACUGUUUAUCAACUUUGCACUCCGCAGACACAUUUUCUUUUUUGUGCUACAAUCCUAUUUCCCAGCCAUGCUGAUGGUGAUGCUGUCUUGGGUUUCCUUUUGGAUUGACAGAAGAGCUGUUCCUGCCAGGGUGUCACUAGGUAUAACUACAGUGCUGACAAUGUCCACCAUCAUGACAGGAGUAAGUGCCUCAAUGCCUCAAGUGUCUUACAUAAAGGCUGUGGAUGUGUAUUUAUGGAUCAGCUUCCUUUUUGUCUUCCUGUCAGUCAUCGAGUACGCAGCGGUGAACUAUCUCACCACCAUUGAAGAGAGAAAGCAACUCAAAAAAAGGGGCAAGGCCUCAGGGAUGUACAGCAUGGACGCCGUGCAAGCGAUGGCUUUCGACGGCUGCUACCACGAUGCAGAUGAGGACAUGGACCUGAGCCCCUUCCCUGAGCCCUGUGAGGAGAAUGAGACCAGGGCCAGUCAAACCAACAUCUCCAAUGCUGACACACCUCGCCUGAAGAGGAAGAGAUCUCUGAAGGGCAACGUGGGCAGGAUUAUUUUGCAGAACAAUCAUGUUAUUGACACCUAUUCCAGGAUUAUAUUUCCCAGUGUAUAUAUUGUGUUCAACUUUUUUUACUGGGGUUUGUACAUAUGAACAAAAAUGCUUAUAAGCUAGGCUUUAUUUUGGGUAUGAGGGUUGCAUCAUACUUAAAAAAUAAUGCAACAGCAGUAGAGGAAAAGGUUACAGUUUUCCAAGAGAGACUUCUGCAUCAAACCUGGUUUGGUCAGCAGCAAAACUCUUCAUGAAAAACUCCUACAUGUCUGGGCUCUUUUCCAGCUGGACUACACAGAGCUUCACUGGGGUGAUCCCGUGCACAGGCUCCAUUGCAGUAGCACAGGAGCUGUGUGCUCACUAAGGGAGCCCUUUGUCACCCCCUGAGCAGACAGCAGCUCCCUCCUGAGCCAUUGCCCUGUCUGUGUCUGCACUCCAGCCCUUCCUGUCAGAUCAGCCUCUCUGUUCCUCACCUAUGCUCCAUUUUGGUCAGCAGUCAGCACCAACAGCUUUGGGACAGCUUGGGACAGCUCCUGUCCUUGUUUCAC